AUGGAGUUUGCCAUGGUGGGUGCGGACGGCGGGUGCAAUAGUCACCUGCCUUACGGAUAUGCCCAAACUCACGCACGGGAGAGGGAGCGUCAGGCUGCCCAGUCGAGAGCGGCGGCUGAAUCGGCCGCUGCCGAUGGUGGGUCCGGCGCAGAGGGAGAAGGCGGCACCGGAGGCGGUGGAGGUGGAGGUGGAGGUGUUGGCUGCGGCGGCGUUGGGGGGUCCACCUCCUCCUCGAGCGCUCAUCUCCUUAACAACCGCCAGCAUCAGUAUUGCGCCGCCUCCUCAACGAACGCCAACAUCAGCAGCAGCGGUACCGCCUCGUGCCCCUCCUCCUUGCAGCCGCCACAGCACCAGCAGGAGCCCGAGCAGCAGCAGAGAGUUCUCAGAGAGCGGAAAAAGCAGCGCGGCGUCGGACGGUGGAGACGCAACCGGACGACUCUCGGCGGGGACCUGCGCCACUCGGAGCUGGCGCUGCUCGGAUCCGAGGAGGACAUGAUGAUAGAGGAGGAAGAGGCCGAGGGAGCUGAGGAAGAGGAGGAGGAGGAGGAGGAGGAGGAAGAGGGGGACCGUGGAAGCAAGAGGUCGAGUUUUCUGUGUAACAUGGAUGAUGAGGAGGAGACCGUGUCGCUCACUGACAGGCGCCCUCAGUCCGGAUACGAAAAUGUUUACAACGAGUGCGGCUGCUGCGAGAGAGUUGUCAUCAACGUGUCGGGUCUGAAGUUUGAAACUCAGCUCAAGACUCUCACUCAGUUCCCGGACACGCUCCUGGGAGACCCCGAUAAGCGAAUCAGGUACUUCGACCCGUUAAGGAACGAAUACUUCUUUGACCGGAACCGACCCAGUUUUGACGCCAUUCUUUACUAUUACCAGUCAGGUGGGCGGUUGAAAAGACCCGCUAACGUCCCGUUUGACAUCUUCUCCGAGGAGGUGAAGUUUUAUGAACUCGGGGAAGAGGCGAUACUCAAGUUUCGGGAGGAUGAGGGUUUUGUCAAAGAGGAGGAAAAACCUCUGCCGGAGGACGAGUUCAAGCGCCAAAUUUGGCUGCUUUUUGAGUAUCCGGAGAGCUCGAGCCCUGCCAGGGGGAUAGCGGUCGUGUCCGUCCUGGUUAUAGUAAUUUCUAUUGUCAUUUUCUGCCUGGAGACGCUGCCGGAGUUCAGGGAUGAAAAAGAGUAUCUACAGCCACGACUCAACUCCACUCAACCUGACCAUGGAUUUACUCCUUUCAACGACCCGUUUUUCAUCGUGGAAACUGUUUGCAUCAUUUGGUUCUCCUUUGAGAUUAUAGUGCGUUUCUUUGCGUGUCCGAGCAAACCGGUUUUCUUUAAAAACAUUAUGAACACAAUAGACAUUGUAUCCAUUUUGCCUUAUUUCAUAACUCUCGGCACGGACCUGGCGGAGCACCAAGAAAAUGGGCAGCAAGCAAUGAGCUUUGCCAUCCUGAGAAUAAUCCGCCUCGUCAGGGUGUUUCGCAUCUUCAAACUGUCCAGGCACUCUAAGGGGCUGCAGAUCCUGGGUCAUACCCUGCGCGCCAGCAUGAGGGAGCUGGCCCUCCUCAUUUUCUUCCUGGUCAUAGGUGUCAUCCUGUUCUCCAGCGCGGUAUACUUCGCCGAGGCGGACGAGCCCUCCUCUCAGUUCACAAGCAUCCCCGACGCUUUCUGGUGGGCCGUGGUGACCAUGACCACGGUGGGCUACGGUGACAUGAAGCCCAUCACGGUCGGUGGGAAGAUAGUGGGGUCCCUAUGCGCGAUCGCCGGCGUGUUAACCAUCGCACUCCCGGUGCCGGUCAUAGUGUCCAACUUCAACUACUUUUACCACAGGGAGACCGAUAACGAAGACCAGACGCCGGCAGUGGAGAGCAUGCCCCCGGGCUGCCCUUAUUUCCCAGACUUUUUAAGGAAAUGCAAAGGCUCGCCCUCUGGCUCCUCGCUGGGUGACAAAGCGGAGUAUAUGGAGAUGGAAGAGGGGGUGACGGAGUCGCUUUGCGGGCUGGACAAGAGCCCCAGUAAAGGAAAUGGCACAGACAUAGGAAGGAAAAACAGUACUAACUCAAAAUCCAUCCAGACUGACGUGUGAUUACAAGUAGUUUCGUUGUUUCCCCUUUUUUUCUAAAGAAGAAUACGCCCUAUAAAGAUACUGUUUGCCCAGAAGAGCAGGUGGUCCCCCUAACACAAGUUUUCACGCACACACACACACACGCACACACACACACACACACACACACACACACACACGCACACACAUACAGGUCAACAAUUAGCAGGUAAAAUGUUUCAUUCUCUCCAUCUCACGACAAUGGUUUCUCCUAAAUCCUCUCCACAACCUUUAGGAACAAUUCUGUUGAAUAUUUGCCUGAUGGGUUGAUUAAUUAAUUUGUCUAACCAGUGCAGGCUUCCAAAUCUGACAUACAAUUUAAAGUCUAGACAAGACAGGCUAUGCAUUCGCACUUUACGUUUCAUCUGUCAAUAACAGAAAGGGUAGGGACGAUCGUUUUGCUGUUAUGCAAUAAAGCUAAAUAUUUGUUUGCACUAAUGUAGAAUUUGCGCUGGGUUUGGCUUAUUUUUAUUUCAGAGACAGAAACUGUAGGCCAUGCAAAUGGCAAUAUUUUAGUCAUCCUCUGACCACUUAGCUGAAGAAUGUUUGAGUAACUUCCUUGAAGAGAGCAAACGAAAGGCUAUUAAUAACCUCUUUCAUACUCUGCCAAUAAAAAUUGGACUCUAAUAAAGGAAAAGCCUGAGACAGAUAAAAUACUUUUGUUACUGUUCCAACACUUAGUAUGAACAAAAAGCUCAUUAAGACAUAGCAUUUACCAUCAAAUAACCCAGGGCUAGAAUUAUUUCUAUGACAUCUACUCAAAUAUGCUUUUACACAAAAAGCCUUGUGUUGUUGACCCACUAUGAGAGCUAAGCACAGGAAACAUCAGAGUAAAAAAAUAAAAAAAUGGCUGGAGAAAUGAUUUGCCCCGCCAGGUUUUGUAUGGACAGGCUUGGAGCCUUGGCAACAACAGUUUCCCCAGUUUCAUUUAAACCACCUCAAAAUGACAAUAUCCCUUUACACGGACGCAGAUGGAAAGCUAUAGCAAAAACGACUCUGAUGUGGAAACUCCUCGGAGGGGAGUUUGUGAGCAACUUCCUCUCCUGUCCGCUGGACUUCGUGCACAAAAUUCUUUUUUUUCUCAAGAGGACUAUGAUUAUCUCCUAGCUCAGAGGAUCACCGGGAUGUGGAUGUCUUCCAAGCGCUGCCAGUUACAGGGAGAGGGAGUAUCCCCCACAUCUCUGGUAAUUGCAGAGAACAAGCAAAACAUUGUGACUGGUCAUCUCGAGCGGAGACUGAAAAGCAACAACAACUGGACGGGACUUGGCACUUCAACAAGUGGGGAUGAGAGCUGCUGUGUGACAUCAGUAAGCAAACCCCUCGAGGGUAAAGACUGGAGUUGGCAAAUGAGAUUCCUGUUUGCCCAUCUACCUAGCCUCCUGCUCUGCCUGCCUCGCCGGUCUACAUACAGUCCGUACCUCUGCCAUAUCCAGUCAUCCCCUCUCUUCAACCCUUCUUCAUCUACAGUACAAUAACAAUAAACCAGUUA